AUCCGAUACAUCAAGAACACCACGAAAUAAUAGAAAUAAUAUACAAAAAAGAAAUGAUAAUAACAGUGAUAAUGAUAUUGAAAUUGAUGAAUACAAAGAUGAAAAUUUAAACGAUAUUUUAGAAAAAGAAAAAAAGAAUGAUAUUCAUAAUGAUUUUAUGGUUGAUAUAGAAGAAAUUCAAGAUGGGACGAACAAAACUAUUAAAGAAAUUCAAGAAGAAUCAGGUAAUAAUGAUGAAAAAAUUGGUAAAAUUGUUAAAUUUAAAAAUAUUAAAAAGGUUAGUUAUGGUAGAUUAGAAUUUAAUGAUGUUAGUGAAAUCGAACUUAUUGAAUAUAAUUAA